GGCGGACCGAGCGCGUACCACCGAGCGGCGCGGGGGCUGGCGGCCGCCGCAGCCGUCCGGUUUGGCUGGCGCUGUGGCCGCUCUAGGCGCUUCAUCGCCUCUCUCUGGCCGUCCCUCCGGAAGCGGCGGAGGCAGCGGCGGGGCCGCGUCAUGGCGGGGACGGCGCUCAAGCGGCUGAUGGCCGAAUACAAGCAGCUGACCCUGAACCCACCAGAAGGGAUCGUAGCAGGUCCCAUGAAUGAAGAGAACUUCUUUGAGUGGGAAGCUCUGAUUAUGGGCCCUGAAGACACCUGCUUCGAGUACGGGGUUUUCCCUGCUAUUCUGAGCUUCCCACUCGACUACCCACUAAGUCCUCCCAAGAUGAGGUUCACCUGUGAGAUGUUCCAUCCAAACAUUUACCCAGAUGGGAGAGUUUGCAUCUCUAUUCUUCAUGCUCCUGGGGAUGAUCCUAUGGGAUACGAGAGCAGUGCUGAGCGAUGGAGUCCCGUGCAGAGUGUGGAAAAGAUCCUCCUGUCUGUUGUUAGCAUGCUGGCAGAGCCAAACGACGAAAGCGGAGCCAACGUGGAUGCCUCCAAGAUGUGGCGGGAAGACAGAGAACAGUUCAACAAAAUUGCCAAGCAAAUUGUGCAGAAGUCACUUGGACUUUAAGCUCUCAAAGAGACUGAAGUGUUUUGUAUUUCUCUCCACCUGAAAAUGAGCAGUGCUCAUUUGCUGGUACCAAAAAAGGAAAACUUUGCAAAACUAUUGGCCUAGUUCUUAUCGUCCAUUAUUUAUUUACCAUCUCCUUUCUUCUGCCACUGCUCCAGAGAAACCUUUAGUUCAGUCACUAAAUAGUGUGGCAAGGGGAUUUAAUAGUAAGGAAAAGUAUGGAGACAAUGCUGAUUCACAGGUUGCUUGUUGCUACCUCACUUCAUGGUAUGGAAAGCUUAAAGACUUGGCAAUCUGCAGCCCACCUUCGCCUGUUUGCUGUUUGAGAACAGAGCUGGCUUGGAUCACCUGCUGAAGAAGGAUUUGCAUGCUUGUAUGUAGCAUUGCAGCUGGAGCAGCAGCAGGCAGGAAAUAAUCUUAACAGUUUUAUGAUACUCUCUAUGUUAAGAGCAACAUUUGCAGACAGAACUGAUUUGAAGAGUAGAGUUAGCAAAAGAGGCUGUGAUGCAUUAGUGAAGAAAGUGAUUGUGCAGCAUGUAACUUCAAGGGAAGAUCUGAGGAGUUGUCUGGGACUGGUUGGGGUCCUAGGAUGGAUUGGUGUUCCCAUGUAACACCAACUUUGUGCUGAUCAGUGUUUUUUGCUGGGAAGAAAGCCCAAGAGCUGCUUCAUUGCGCCUUAAAGAUGCUCACUUGUAAACUUUACAUUCAAUCAGAGGUGCAAGAUGUAAAGAUUGAAUUCUUAAAACGCUCUGGUCAGGCUCACACCAUGGGUAAAGUAAGUCACUGACAGCCUGGAGAGCCAGUGAGAAUAUGUCUGCUGUACUGGGCAUGCAAAAUGUCUCCAGUGUCUUCUCUUCUGCUGGCAUUUGAGUGCUGCUGAAGUGAACAUGGAUGAACAUGAUGAAUUUUGUGAAAUGGACACUUUCUAUGCUGACUGCCCUUGGGCAUCUAGAUUUGAGUCAGAGAAGACCUUCACUGUUCUCUAGAGGAUGUCCAGAGCCACAGAGUAUUGUAGCUGGUUGCUGUCGUGGAGGAUGUGAGUAUUGCCAGCUGCAGCAAUCAGCUUGUAAAACUGCUUAGGCACCACUGGUGACCUUUAUUCUUUGCAGGUGAAUCUCUUGUGUAGGUCCAGCUGCAACAAUCAGUUUGUAAAACUGCUUAGGCACCACUGGUGACCUUUGUUCUUUGCAGGUGAGUCUCUUGUGUAGGUCCAAGUGUUACCUAGUUCAGUACAAGCAAUAACAUGCCCACUGAUAGCACAUGGAAGCAGAUUGUGUCAGUAGCUUUUAAUGGGCUCCAUUUGAGAAGGGCUUUUAAAAACCCCUGUGAAAAGUAUGUGGCAAGGAAGGAGUCAUAUCGUGGAGAGAGCUUUCCAGAGCUGAUGGUGUGCAUGUGCACUUGUACAGCUCGUCAGUAUUUCUGUCCUGGUGUCUGUGCUGCACUUGAACGUGCUGCAUAUCUCAGUGUGCCGACCUUCUGCGUCUCUGAAGAGUUCCUAUUGCUACAACUUGCUGGUUUUACCUCCUUGUAGAAGCAAUUCUUCUUGCUUUGGUGUUAUAGGAGACCUGAUGUAGUUUUGAGAGCAGGGCUGAUGAAAUAGUGUUAUACCUAACUAGUAUUGCAGGGCAUACAGGAAAACUUGUGUGCAAACUGGGAGUGUUCUUUGAAUUGUAGUAGAUGUAGCAUUGCCGCUGGGAGUACUGCAGCUGCUCCUGGAAACGAUGCUGGGCAGCUGUGAGCACUGCAUGGCAAAGGAUGAAUUCAGCAGGCAUGGCAAAAGUGGGCUGGUUUUAAGUGCAGAGUGUUUUACUCAUGUGUGCUCACUCAUUACUUUCUGGUGGCAUUUAGUCUGUAUACUGAAAAUAAAGUGAUUCUAUUUUCUCCUUUCCUA